CUCAAAGCUACACUGGUAAAGAUGGAUUAUGCCAAGAAGUCUCUGGGCCUGCUCUCCCCAAGGUCUCUUUCUAAGUGUGUCUCUGCCAGUGCCUCCAUGACGCAGCAACUGCUAGCCACGCCUGCUCCCCAUGCCCGGCCUUACCGAGUGACUAACUGGGAUCGCACCAUGCGCAAAGGCAUCAUGGCUGACAGCCUGGAGGACUUGCUUGAGAAAGUGCGCAGUGCUCUGCUCUUGGUGGGACCCAUAUCGGUUGUCAUAGAUGAGGAUGGCACCAGCGUGGAGACAGAAGAGUUCUUCCAGACACUAGAAGAAGGCAGCGUGUUGCUAGUGUUAACCAAGGGUCAGAUCUGGCGCCCAGCCAAGACUGCAGGCUACCAGCUGUCGCUAUCCCACAAGCCCCGGCACAGGAUUGAUGUGGCAUGUGUAACCUUCGACCUCUACAAGACCAAUCCUCAAGACUUCGUUGGCUGCUUGAAUGCCAAAGCCAACCUCUAUGGCACAUACAGUAUGUCCUACGAUAUGCAGUGCUAUGGGGCCAAAAGGAUAAUGAAGGCAGCUCUACGUUGGACACUCUUCACCAUGCAAGCUACAGGCCAUGUGUUGCUUGGCACUUCCUGUUACGUGCAGCAGUUGUUGGAUGCUAGUGAAGAGCAGCAGAAAGAGGAAGGGCGAUGGCACAAGCGUCAUCAAAAUGUUUCUCGGUGGAAUUGUGUGAAUGUCAGCAAUUGA